ACCCCACAAAUAAAGGUUUUCUUCUUUUACCUUGCCAAAUACUAGCUGCAGAAGUCCAUUCCAGGGUUUAGAAUCCAGGCCUUUGUUUCUAAUCAACUCAUCCCUCCACCUAAGAGGAAAAAAAAAAAAAACAGCAAAGAGGAAGAAAACGGUGCGGGGGGGAUGGCGGGAGGGGGGGAAGCCGAUGCGACCUCUGUCAUACAAUGAUCGCAGAAAUUCCCAAAGACAAUUCCAAGGCAUUCCAAUCCGUCGCGACUUUGGGCUCAGACUCCCCCGUUUCCUCCUCGCCCUCCCCGGAAGCUGGCCGGUUGCUGAGCAGGAGGCGGGACGCGCGCACCGCCGGCGGCCGCAUCCAUCCGGAGGAGAGCGACGGCGGCAGCAUCCGGCCGCUGGUGUCCGGCGGCCGCAUGAUGACAUCGGCGGACUUCGCCCACGCCGGCGCCCCUCUGCUGGCUCCCCGUUCCGCGCGCAGCCUCCUCUACAAGAUCCUGUGCUUCCUGCUCCUCGUCCUGCAGGGCGGCGUGCUGGACUUUUACCUCAUCGCCUUCACCGACCUGUACUGGUGCUCGUGGAUCGCCACGGACCUGGUGGUGGUCUCCGGCUGGGCGAUUUUCUUCGUGAAGAACGCGCGCGGCAAGCGGGAGCGGGCCUGCGGCUUCCACCAGAAGGGCUCCGCGUACGGCGGCUGCAACCUGGGCGAGUUCACCUACGCCUACCUGGCGUGGCUCGUCCACGUCAUCGCGUGCACCCCGAAGGUGGCGCUGGUCCUGGAGACCUCCAUCCUGGACCUGGUGGCCGCCAAGGUGCCGUGCGGGCUCACCGGAUUUAAGAUCGUCACCUUGCUCUCGGCGCCGCUGCUCUUCUGCCUCAUCAACGCCGUCAUCGAGGACCUGAACGGGGCCACCCGGCAUCACUCCCAGAGCUGCUUCACCUCCACCUGCUUGGAUCUCAUCGACAGCUUCUUCCUGGUGGAGGCGCUGCUCCGGAGCGAGAUCCCCACGCCGUACCUCAAGUACACCGUCAUCUCCACGUACUUCGUGGCGCUGGCCGCUCCCGUCUUGUGGUUGUACGAGCUCACCGCGUCGGAGCUCCGCUGCCGUAUCAGAUAUCCUUGA